AGACAGGGAAAGGGGUUGGACGACAGCGACUGGAUCAUACAAACAGAAGCCGUAGGCAGAGUGGAGGCAUUCGGUCAGUCAUGCGAUAAAACACCAGAGCGGAGGUUUGUCGUUUUUCGAAUGCUUGUUGUGGUUACUGGAUAGGUUUUAAUCAUUUUAAAUUGCCAGACGGUCAGAUCGCUAGCUCCGAGAGGCACUGAAGCAGCCGUUAGCUUGGCCGUCGGAAGAGCGCACCCGCACAGGUCUCCAAGAUGGCCGACAGCAUCAUGAGUAAGGCAGCCACCAUGGAGAUACCCAUCAAUAGCAAUGGUGACACUGGGGCACUUCCAGAGGAUGACAGCCUCGAACAGGCUGCACAAGUUCAGUGGCGCUUAGAUGAGAAGGUAGGGAACCCCACAGUGACCAGGGACCUCCAACAGGUCAUGGUGUCUGGACCCAACCUAAAUGAGACCAGCAUUGUGUCUGGGGGAUAUGGGGGCACAGCUGAGGGGAUCAUCCCCACCAGCACCAUCAAAGACCUGCGUAUGAAAUCCAGGGGGAUUAUCGUACCCCCAAGUCGGUCUGCAGCCAGCUGUAUAGCCAGCCAGUCACAGGACUUCCCAGGUCCCAAUGUACAUAGCAGUGGAAGCGGCUCAUCGGUCACAGCGGAAGAGGCCACACGGGGAGUAGCGGUGGAAAAGUUUGAUAUUGUCAAGAAAUGGGGGCUGAACACUUAUAAGUGCACAAAGCAGAUGAUAUCUGAGCGCUUUGGGCGGGGCUCACGAACAGUGGACCUGGAACUGGAAGCGCAGAUUGAUGUGUUGCGGGACACCAAGCGCAAGUAUGAGAAUGUGCUGCGACUGGCGCGAGCGCUCACCAACCACUUCUACAGCAUGGUGCAGACACAGCACGCCCUGGGUGAUAUUUUUGCCGACCUCAGCCAGAAGUCGCCUGAGCUCAGGGAUGAGUUUGGAUACAAUGCUGAGACACAGAAGCUGUUGUGUAAGAAUGGGGAGACCCUGCUGGGUGCCAUCAACUUCUUUGUCUCCAGUAUCAACACACUGGUAAACAAAACCAUGGAAGACACUCUCAUGACCAUCAAGAUGUACGAGAAUGCAAGGCUGGAGUUUGAUGCCUACCGUGCAGAUCUGGAGGAGCUGAACAUGGGCCCAAGAGAUGCUGUUACCCUGGCCCGCAUUGAGACAGCGCAACAACAAUACCAGGUUCACAAGGACAAAUAUGAAAGACUGCGAAGUGAUGUCACUGUCAAGCUCAAGUUCUUGGAGGAGAACAAGGUGAAGGUAAUGCACAAACAGCUGCUGCUGUUCCACAAUGCCAUCUCUGCCUACUUUGCUGGAAACCAACAGCAGCUGGAGCAGACCCUAAAGCAGUUUAAUAUCAAGCUGAAACCCCCUGGGUCAGACACACCUUCCUGGCUGGAGGAACAGUGAAGAUCGUCCCCACCUCCCACCCUGGCUGACCACUGUCCCACAUCUCUCAACCCUGCUUCUCCUCCCUCCACCCACUUCCAUUCUAAGUCCCUGGCCUGCAGCCAACUGUGCAAAUGGACAGAUGUGAAUAAAAAACGAUGCUGACCAAAUGGCCAGCAGUGGCUGAAAUAAGAGAGACCGGUGGUGUUCUUAAAUGGAGUAAGAGAGGGAUGAGCACUUUUUUAGAUCCAUCCCUGCCUGUUUCUUUUUCUUCCUUUUAUGUCAUUCUCAUGCCCUUCCUCCCUGAAGUACAGUCUUUCUCCUUCUGGUCAGGAGACCCAUGGAUGUUGUAGUCACUUAGACAUUAAUGUUCCCUCCAAACGUAGCAUUUCUUUUAAUAUCCACAACAUUUCAAACUAAGUAAUUGGAGAAAUAUGGCAUCUUUUAGGAAUCCAGUGACCUGCUGGAUGCUGGAGAACCCUGUUGCCCUGGACUCUGCAAAUGCUCAUUCCUGUUACUUCAAACCACAAAGGAGAUGGUGACCAACCAAGGAUGAGGAAAUGCACUGUUUACAGAUGCUGUUUCUCCUAUGUAAUAUAUGGUUCUUUAUGUAGAGCUUCUUCUGUUGGCUAGGGUUGAUAUCUAUAUACUAUGUCUACAGAGGUUUUUUAAAAAAGGAAAACUUCAGGUACUUUUAAACCUUGACUGAGGAGGGUGACAUUGAAGCUUAAAGGUAUCAGACAUACAAUCAGAAAUCAAGACCUUGGGGUGUAGGGUGCAGUGAGCAUGAAUUUCUCUCUUUCAGAGAACAACCAGUUUCCUUCUAUUUAUUGAUUUAACUUAUUUUUUUUUCUUAAUGCAAACAAUCAUGUGUUGAUACUUUAAAGUGAAAUGUGGACUAUUUAAUUACAUCUUGGUAUGGAUUCCUGUAUCAUUCAUGGAAUCAAGAGCUUGAAGAUUCCCCACCCCAUCCCAAACAUGAACAGAUGCUUGAGUUUCAGGUACAGCUUGAAGGCAUAGCCAUCAAGGUCCAAGGUUCUGUGUGUUUACAUGUGUAUGCAGAUCUGAAUGACACCCAUGUUCUUUUACAUUGAAGAUAGAAGGAAAGUUUAAUAUAUACCAGGAAUUUCAAAUUCCUGUCUGGAAAAUGGCUUGUAAUUUGUAAAAAUUGAACAGUUUUGAAUGUGUUGGAUUAAUUCUUUCAUGAGAGGAGUGAAACAUUUCUCAUUCCUGCCAUUUCUUUGAGCUGCUUUAAAUGCUAGUAUGGCUGGGCUUUUUUUUCUGUCAAAAGUUAAUUUCUUUUGUCUUACCUUGAUGAUUGCAUUGCUUCCUGUCAGUAUGACAACAGAGGGUUAAAUACGGUAACUUAUCAGAAAGGUCCUUAUUGUCUACUGACUGUUCCUUUGUUAAAGGAAAAGAACAUACUGAUGCAUUACCAUCUACAUACACUUAUGAGCUUAAUGCAUCUGUGUACCCCCCCAAUACCUGAGACCUCUCUUCCCCUUUCUUUCUCUGUCCCAGAAAACACAUAUUGUGAAAACAAUAUACUGAAUUAAUGAUUUCUAUAAUUAAGAAAGGCCACAACUCACAAGGUUUAACAAAGUAUAACUGAUUUCAUGUCACUAAUUGAUUUUUAGUCAAAUGAAAUGUGAAAAUGUUUAUAUCAUUUGCAUACAAUCUAUUUUUAGGCUGCCCUGUGAUUGUGUAGUGAGUGAAUGAAUGACUGUAUAUAUCUAAUGAUAUUUAAGAUGGAAAAAAUUAAACCAGUGUCUUUGGUUCAUCUGAGUAUCUGCCAUUACUCCUCACUUUGGCCGGAUUUCUAGAAAUUAGGCAAUCUUCUAAAAUGCAUAGCAGAAUUAAAACCACUUUUUCCAAAAACCUGUGUUAUAGUGUAGUAUAUUGAGAUGUUUUCAAAUGUGAUUAUUGCUAGGAAGUGCUCUGAUUUCCCUCCUCCCAUAUUUCAAUCCUCAGAACAUGCUCUAACCUUGUCAUGGUAUAAUGAAUCCCCAUGUCUGACAUGUUGCCUACAACUCAGUGCUGCUGUUGACAACAGAAUUGGGCAUUUUGUCAUUAUAUUACAUAAUUCACUUUGGUGGGAUGUCUGUGCAAGGAAGUUGAAACCCAAAAUUAACAUUAUGCACAAUGUAAAGUAUGGGAGUUCAGCACUUAGUGUUUACAGUAUAUUUAUGGAUUCUGAAUCUAUUAUACUUUGAUCUUCUGACACGGGCAUUUUGGGAAAAUACAUGUAAAAGGAUUUGGUCUAAACAAAGGUUUCUUAACUUGGGGUUCAUGGAACCCUGUGACUCUGAA